AUUUCUUUGUAAAAUUUAUAAUAAAAAAUUAUUAUUUAAUGUUUUUCUAUGAUUUUUGUUUACUUUGUUGAACAUAGUGUGUUCCAAUUUUCUCGAACCAUGAUCGAUUACUCUCGGAAAACCUCCGGAUUCAAAUCUCGAACUGCACUCCUACUUGACCUAAAGGGUCCUCGGCGUCCAAGAUCUUCCAUCGUGGAGAGCACCUCGGCUCCGCCCUUCUCCUUUAUGGAGAGAAACCGCUCAAAUCUCUUAGUCGCUGCGGGGCUCGCACCGGCGCGUCAUGAGGCUAAGAACCCCUUUCUAACGCCACAAAAUCUAUUGAUAAUGGCUAUUUAUGAAAUUCCCGAAUCUUUCGUGGAAGUGUCUUUGACACAUCCUAGUCUCGCUUGUGAUAUGUUGCUAGUCAGCCUCUGUUUCCGAGAUUCUAGGGACCUAUCCUUUAAGCUUUUUGUUUGUCUUAUCCAUCUCUUGUAUGUUUGCAAGAUUAUGCUUCAAAACUUUGUAUCCUAUGUACCCCUCUUUGGGUUUGAUUGAAUGAAUGAAGAAAGUCC